UUGGUCUCUGCUUGUUCUGCUCACUCAGAGAGAAGCUUCACACGUCAAUGAAACACAAGAAUAGUAGUCAAUUUUAGUGCCCUGCGGAACUGCGCUGAGGGAAGCAGUGGGUAUGAGCUAACCGAUCAAAAGAUGCAGUUUCUCGGGGAUUCCUCUAUGGUUUGUGGAAUAAAGCGGUGGUAAGUCGCCACUGACGCUUGCCACGCAGCAGAAGAAGCAGGAGAAGCCACAGUCUAGGUCGCGAAGUGACACGAAUCUUGCGAUGCCACCAUCGGAUGCAGAGCCGGGCAUGAGCGGAGGCGCUGCGAUUCCAGCCCCGGCCUUACCUAGCCAUCCCCCCGGUGAACGCGCAGUGAGUGUGCUGUGGUCGUUUGGGAAAUGCCUGGGUGCUCUCCUACCGGUGUACCUGGCUGGAUAUUACGGCUUCAGCAUCAGCGUGGUCCUGUUCGGGCUGAUGAUCUAUAUGGGAUGGAAACACAGUCGACUGGAGAAAGUGAUGAGACUCAAGUCUGCCAUGUAUCUCCUGGAUAACGAGAGGACAUUCACCACUGAGAAUGUUUUGAGGACCAAACGGGAUCUGCCUCCAUGGGUCAACUUUCCAGAUGUGGAAAAAGUGGAGUGGCUGAACAAGAUCCUGCAGCAGGCUUGGCCCUUCAUUGGCCAGUACCUGGAAAAGUUGCUGGUGGAAACCAUUGCUCCCGCCAUCCGUACCUCAAGCAUUCAUCUUCAAACACUCAGCUUCACCAAGGUCAACUUAGGAGACAAGGCUCUGAAGGUGGUUGGUGUAAAGGCUCAUACCGAACAUGACAAGAGACAAGUGAUGUUAGAUUUGUACCUCAGCUAUGCUGGUGAUGUCGAGAUCAAUGUGGAAAUCAAAAAGUACUUCUGCAAAGCUGGAGUAAAGGGAGUCCAGCUCCAUGGGAAGCUGCGUGUGAUCCUCGAGCCUCUGAUUGGAGACGUGCCGCUGGUUGGAGCGAUAACAAUGUUCUUCAUCCGUAGACCUAAACUGGACAUCAACUGGACUGGACUCACCAACCUGUUAGAUAUCCCAGGGCUCAAUGCCAUGUCGGACACUAUGAUAAUGGAUGCAAUAGCCUCCCACCUGGUGCUCCCCAACCGUCUCACUGUUCCCCUGGUGGCCAACCUGCACGUUGCGCAGCUCCGAUCCCCUCUCCCAAGGGGAGUUGUGCGCAUCCACCUGCUGGAGGCAGAGGACCUGACAGCCAAGGAUACCGUCAUCAAGGGCCUGAUUGAUGGGAAGUCUGACCCUUAUGCCGUCCUGCGUGUAGGAACCCAGAUCUUCACCUCUCAUCAUGUGGACAGCAACCUGAACCCACAGUGGCGAGAGAUGUUUGAGGUGAUUGUCCAUGAAGUACCUGGUCAGGAGUUGGAGGUGGAAGUGUUUGACAAAGACCCAGACCAGGAUGACUUCCUGGGCAGGGUAAAGGUGGAUCUUGAUAUUGUAAAGAAGGCCCGAGUGGUGGAUGAUUGGUUCAACCUAAAAGACGUCCCCUCUGGCAGUGUUCACCUCCGGCUGGAGUGGCUCUCUCUGCUGUCCUCUGCUGACAGACUGAGUGAGGUGAUCCAGAAGAACCAGAACUUGACCAGCAAAACAGCUGAUCCUCCGUCUGCCGCCAUCCUAGCCAUCUAUCUUGAUCAAGCUCACGCCCUGCCUAUGAGAAAAGGCAAUAAAGACCCGAGCCCCAUGGUGCAGAUUUCCAUUCAGGAUGCAACUAAGGAGAGCAAGACCUGUUACGGGACAAACAGCCCUGUGUGGGAGGAUGCCUUCACCUUCUUUAUUCAGGAUCCUCGUAAACAAGACAUCGACAUUCAGAUAAAGGACGAUGACCGCUCUCUGUCCCUGGGCAGCCUGACUCUCCCUCUGAGCCGUAUUCUUGCGACACCUGAGCUCACCAUGGACCAGUGGUUCCAGCUGGAGAACUCUGGUUCUGCAAGCCGCAUCUACAUCAAAAUUGUGCUUCGGGUGUUGUGGCUGAGUGAGGAUGCCACUCCUACAACUCCGUCUCCUCGUCCCUUACCCCCCGGGUCCAACUCGGGUCAGGGGGGAAUCACAUCAGAGCUGAAUCCUAUGGGGCCCGGCGGGUUAGCUAAACAUCCACCAGCACGACCACAGCAUACCACGCCUGACCCCGAGUUUGCAACUGAGGGGGUUCUGCGUAUCCAUCUGGCCGAGGCUCAGAACCUGAUAGCAAAGGAUAACUUCAUGGGGGGCAUGGUGAAGGGGAAGAGCGACCCCUACGUUAAGAUCCGUGUGGCUGGCGUCACUUACCGAAGCCACACCAUCAAAGAGAACCUAAACCCCGUCUGGAAUGAACUCUACGAGGUGGUUUUGACCCAGCUGCCUGGUCAGGAAAUCCAGUUCGAGCUGUUUGACAAGGACAUCGAUCAGGACGACUUCCUUGGAAGGUUCAAGCUAAACCUACGAGAUAUCAUCAGCGCACAAUUUAUUGAUACGUGGUACACUCUCAAUGACGUGAAGUCGGGCAGAGUUCACCUGGUGCUGGAGUGGCUGCCCAGAGUCUCUGACCUACCCAGACUGGAGCAGAUCCUGCAGUACCAGAACCAGCAGUCGUACCAGAACAAGGUUUUGCCUUCUUCGGUUGUGCUGUUUGUGUAUGUGGAGCGUGCCCAUGGUCUGCCGUUGAAGAAGAGCGGAAAGGAGCCUAAAGUUGGAGCGGACGUCAUCUUCAAAGGCGUUUCACACAGAACCAAGAUUUGUGAGCGUUCCACAUCACCUCGUUGGGAUGAAGCCUUCCACUUCUUGGUUCGUGACCCCGGAGACGAAACACUGACAGUGAAGCUCUCACACAGCUGGGGUCAGGCCCUCGGGUCCCUGACUCUUCCUCUCAGAGAGGUUCUGUUCGAGCCGGGCUUAGUGCUCGACCGCUGGCUCAAUCUGGACGGAGCGCUGCCAGAGAGCCAGAUACUACUGAGGGUCACACUCAAGAUCUUGGACACUCAGCUGGCCGUGUGUCGUAAGCCUCCAGGGGACGCAGGCAGUGAUGCUGGAGGAGAUGAAGUAUUGCCUAGAUGGGUGCCUUCCCAUUUAGACAUCAGACAGAGAAGUGGAUUCAACCUAUCUGGUGACAACACAGGCUCAACAGGACAGGUGAAGCUAACCAUCGGCUACUCAGUGGAGGAGAGCAGGCUAUUCAUCGCCGUUCAUGCCUGCAGAGCCCUCGCCGCCUGCUCCAAAGACGGUGCUGACCCUUAUGUUUCCUUCAUCCUGCUUCCUGACAAGAAGGCAACAACCAAGAGGAGAACUGCCACCAAGAAGAGAGACCUCAACCCAGAGUUUAACGAGAGGUUUGACUUUGAUUUCUCUCUGGAGGAGUCCAUACAGAGAAGACUGGACCUGUCUGUGAAGAACAGCGUCUCCUUCAUGAGCAGAGAGAGGGAGCUUAUAGGCAAGUUGCUGCUGGACCUGGACCAAAUUGACCUCAAGACUGGUGUCACACAAUGGUACGAUUUGGUGGCAGAGGCCAACUAGAAGAAUCAGCUGUUGGUCUUAAAUUAUAUAUAACUAUAAGUGUCGCUUCUGUGAUCUGUGAUUUGUGUGUUUGUAUAUUCAGCUUAAAUUAAAAUUUCCAUCACUGAAGAAAAACAUAAUGAAUGACAUAUCAGCUCUACAACACUCCAUCAGUAUUCAUGAUAAGAAACUUACCAUGUAGCUAAUCAUCCGUAAUGUGUUACUGUGCUGAAUCCUGACGUCUCGCACAGAUCCUUCAGUAGAAUAUUUUGGCUGGAUAGAUAUUUGAUAUUAAUGCAACUAUGUUGCAGAAAAUAAGUUUAUAAAUGUUAAAAGCAUGUUGAAGUCCUCUUUGUAUGAUAUUUACAAAAGGGCUUGUACUGUCUUUAAUAUCUAAAUGUAUGACAAGGUUUUAUGGAUUUACAUCGUCUAACACCUGAAAAAAAGAUUGCAGUUAAUUUUAUUUUUUACAAUCCUCAAAUUAUGCCAGAUAUUACUUUUUUAAAUAUAUGUUUUUAUUAUUGCCUUAAGUAUUACAAAACUGUGCACACUUUGUCAGUGUUCUUGAAUUUUGUUCCAAAUGAAGUUUUAUAUGUUUUAACCAGAGCUCUCUUAAAGUUGCUUUUAUAAAUCUAAGUAUUACAAACCUAGACCCUCACAUUUACCACUGAAAACAGAGGUAUGAUACUGUAAGAAGAGUCUUAAUCACUGUGCUUUUAUGAAGAGAUAACUUUGUAUAUACUGAAAACACAUCGCUCGUGUUCUUCUGCACAUUUUUGCCUGUGUUUGUAGGUGUUUGUAGCGCUAAAUGCAACAGGCUGAAGAUGUCAGUCGUGUUUUUAUUUUUUAAGCAAAACAGUUAGGAGCUUAUGUGUAGCAAGCAAAUUCUGUAGGCCUACACCAACAGUGAGACAACAGUACACCCAUGUACUGACACUGUUACCUUACCACGGACAGUUUGACACUGAUUUGUGGUAACGGCAAGAAAAUAGCAUUUGAAUGUCAGAUCUGUAGAAGAUAAACUGCUGAGCUUUGACAUUAUUUGAACAUAUAAUCAUGUAUUUGCUGAAGUUGUUGAUUAAAGUUUGCACUCACAUGA